AGAUUCGAUCGAACAGUUUGUUUUUCAGAGAUUUGGCCUGCAUCAUUAUUACUCAGAUUUGAAGAGACAUGUAAUUACGCUUUGAUCCUUGGAUCCCGAGUGUGGCUUUUUGGCAAAAUGUGACAUGGGGUUGCCACUCUAGUGAAGAAAUUUCCCUCUGGGCGACAAUACCAAACAGCAAAGGCUGUUUAAAAAGAAAGGUUGUCUUCACGAUGAAGACGGAAGCUCAUUGGAGGCUGCUGAUGGCCGUCCUAGUUCUUCAGUCAAUAAACUCCAAAGAUAUACUAAAGCAAACUUCGGAUCAGCUGAAAUCAGCGUUUAAUAGUAUAAAACUCUGCGUCUGAGAUGCCAGACAAGGAAGCCAGUCAAGUGCAGAGUUUAGUGGUUGCACUACGUGUAAGACCAAUCAAUGCCACGGAGCUGAAUGUUUUAGGGUCCAGCGAAAUCAUUCACUGUUUGGACGAAAAUCUUGUUGUCUUGCGAGACCCCAAUGAAGAUACAGAUGAUAUCCUGAGGGUGAACCGGUCACGUGAGAAGCAGUAUGUGUUUGAUCAUGCAUUCGGGCCUACUGCCAGCCAGGUGGAAGUGUUUAGCAAGACCACUAAGCCACUGAUUGAUGGCGUCGUAUCUGGCUACAAUGCCACAGUGUUUGCAUAUGGCGCUACUGGUGCAGGAAAGACCUACACCAUGCUUGGGACGGACAGUGAGAUAGGGAUCAUGGGCUUGACCCUCAACAAUCUUUUCUCCCAGAUGGAUGAGACGAAUGAUGACAUGGCUUACAAAGUGACAAUGUCAUAUUUAGAGAUUUAUAACGAGAUGAUACGUGACUUGCUCAACCCAUCAUCAGGAUACCUUGAACUCAGGGAGGAUGGUAAAGGUGUUAACGUUGCAGGGAUUUCCGAGGUGGAGGCAAAGACAACAAGCGAGGUAUUAGGGAUGUUACACAUGGGAAACAAACAAAGAACAUCAGAACCAACGGCUGCCAACAAGACGUCAUCCAGAUCACAUGCUAUAUUACAGGUGACAGUAACUCAAGAAAGCCGAGUGAAGAACAUCAUCCGCGAGAUGAGAGUAGGCAAGCUGUUCAUGAUUGAUUUGGCCGGCUCUGAGAGAGCCGCACAAACAAAGAACCGCGGCAAGAGAAUGAUUGAGGGGGCUCACAUUAACCGCUCUCUUCUUGCUCUGGGGAACUGCAUCAAUGCUCUAAGUGAAAACAGAGGACACUAUGUGAACUAUCGAGACAGCAAACUCACUCGUUUACUCAAGGACUCCCUUGGUGGAAAUUGCCACACAGUGAUGAUUGCGCAUGUCAGCCCAGCGAGCCGGAUGUUUGAGGAGAGUCGUAAUACCCUUCUGUACGCUGAUAGAGCAAAGAGCAUCAAAACUAAGGUCAAAAGAAAUCAAUUUAAUGUGUCGUACCACAUCGCUCAAUACACAAACAUUAUCGCGGAUCUGCGCAAAGAGAUUUUCCGCCUCAAGACCAAGAUAGCAGACCAAGAUAUCAACGAGUUGACGGAGGGCAAAGCUGCCUCUAAGCGAAAGUCGUCCAGAAGGAAAGAUAAGGACCACGCCGAGAUGACCAAACUACGCAGCGAACUUGUCAGUACUUUCCGGGAACAGAUGGAAAUCAGACGCAAACUGAUGGACCUGGAGGAUACGGCCAUGCAGAUAGCACUAGACACGAACCGCUAUAUGCUGAGUAUUGACGAGUGGGACCAGGAGAAAGCUCGGCGAUCUGUCAAGAACGCUGGUUUACAGAGGGAAAAACAGGAGAGACUGGGGCUAGAAAGUAGCAGUGGCGAUACCACAGGCUCUCCAGACUCCCUGGCCUCGUCAAGCCCGCUUGACAAGAACGGAAAGGCUGUGUGGAAAAAAGGGAAUGCUGGGAAGAAUGGAUGGAACGGAGAUAGUAACGAUGGGAUAGAAGAAGAUGGGAGCUUGGAAGAUGUUGAAAUCAAAGACAUCGGAAACGAAAAGAGUACCGAGCGCCAACCGAUGAAUUCCGAGCCGUUAUUGAACGGAGACGGGUUCCAUUCGACAGCUGAACCAGAGGAAGUGACGUUCGCUCGUGAAGAGAUCAAUAAUUUGAUAACGGAAGAGAAACGCGUGUCGGAGCUCAAGGCGGGGCUUCAAGCUCAGUUACAAGAAACUAGACAAGAGGUUGAAAGACUUGAGGAACUUCUCCCCCAGAAGAUCAGUAGCGAAGAGAACCGGGAGAUCCUGGGUCUGAUUUGCAAGGUGCACGAGCUCGAGAUCAGUAACGCCGAGCUGCAAUCCCAGUCCCUUCUACGGGAGAACUUGCUACGGUACAAGGACUUAGAGGUCAGCAAGCACGAGUCACGGCAGAGAUUGUGUGACGAGAUCAUUCGACUACAACGUCACGUCAUCACCGAUGCGCAGAUCAACUGCCCCGCGGAGCUCGACUCGCUCUUCGAGGUCUACAUGCAGCAAAUGGACGCCGACGACCGGGAAAGCCUGGGACGAGAAGGAACCCAGACCUCUCUCAGCGGCUCCACGGUCAGCUUAAACAAGGCCGCAGUGCUUGCUGGGAUAAACCGACGAAUGAUCUCACGUGAAAACUUAUUUACGUUCAGCAGUAAGCUAUCACCGCUGACCGAAGAAACGCCGUCGCGGCUGGUCUCGCUGCAGAACUCGCCUGUCAAGAUGAUGCGCUCCACACUCUCGGCCCAGACCCUCGCCGAAAACCCCAUACCCGAGAGUACCAACACAACAAGAGCCCUCGCCCCUCCCCCAAGUCCUAGGCCACGCCCACAGUCCCGCACCUACUCCCCUGAUGACAUCAGUCUUACCCUUCAAAGCCCCACCCCACCCCUGACGGACACCAAGUCCCCUCGGACUCCAGAGGAACCGGCCCCACUUCCCACGCGGCCACAGACGCCGAUUUUCUCGAAGACGCAGAAGAUCGCUGACAUAGCAGCUCGCAGGCGCAUGAUAAUGGACAAGGGCGUAUCCUCUAGACGCGCGAGCCUGGUGACUAAUGAGGAGGCUCCACCCUCUAAGGCAUCCUCGCUAACGUCGGUGCGAGAGUCACGUGACCGGGAUCGGCCAAUAGCGUCGAAUUCCGAUUCCAACGUGGUGGCAAGCAGAAAAGCGACCAAUGACGUUAAGGCUUCGCUGAGUCUAGGUGACCUCUCCGUGAUUGACAAGCGGAGUGUCGAUGGUGGCUCGGUGGAGUCUGUACCGCUGACCACUCGGCGAAAGCGCGUCACCAAAAAUAAUCACGUGAUUGACCGUGCAAAGCAUUACACACCGCCACGAUCCCAUAAGCGACUGCGGUCCGCGUCCCUGGACGAGACAAAGCCGAUCAGAGGGAGGCCGCGGCGCACUCGUAAAGAAGAGCUUCAAGAGGCAGCGCGUCGAGGCACGGGCCAGUACCAGACCUCUCACGGCCGCGCCAUAUCCUUAGAGGGACGUAAUCCAGCCCCCCGUAGAGUAAAGCGCUCACGUGUCCCCAAGCCCCCACCGGUACAACCAACCGAGUUGCACCGGGGCUUGGGCCGAGGGCGAGAUUCUACGAAACAACGGGACAGCGAUAUUGAAGGCGACCUGUUGUCAUUCACAAGCAACCCGACUCCACCUGCGACCGUCCACCAGUACAACACGCAUGGCAAAGGGCUUACUAUUCAAAGGAGACAACGCGUGCCCUCAGAGCUCGCGGGCUCAGACUCGAACCAGUCCACCCCUCGACUGAAGCCGCGAAGAGCUCAACCGCAAAACACAGGGAACGCGACCAUUAACGAGUUGACAAUAAGUGGGUUUGCCGUAAGACCCUCAAAACAGUUCGCCGGGGUGAGAAAGUUCUAGAGACGACUGGUGUCAAUCAAGUAGUAAAUGACGUGCUCCAGGUCCUUUGAUCUGUAGUGAUAACUUGGGCACCCUGUGGCCAUUACAUUACCUGCAUUCGGUCACGUGAUAAAGAUGCUUUAUUUUGACUCUUCAGCGAAGGACUAUGAAGUCACGUGACAAUUUCCCUUAUUUAAACGUGUACCCGGGCACCCUUCGGCGACAAUACGAUCUUAUGUAGACGUGUUACAAGAGUGUUUUAAUCCUAAAGCAAGAACAGAUUUAAUAACAAGUUAUCAUGGUAACCAUGAACUUUAUUUAUAAGUAGCGCCAGAAUACAUCUUCCCCAGAUACAGCGUGAUACCAUAGCGUCCGCAGAUGUAUACCGUUACUGCCGCAUAUAUGGACCAUUGAAUCCGCAGGGAGGGGGUAUUUAGUCCUGUUGUAUUUGUACUCCCCGUCACUCAGCCCUUCGGGAAUAUUACGCUUUUUGUAGUCCAAUUCAGAGGUGCUACUGCGUUACAGAAGCAAAUUGUACAGAAAUAUUUCAAGUAGUAAAAAGAUGCUUAAUGUUUA